AUGCGCAACCCUAUUGAAUUCCUGAACACCGCCACUUUGUCGACUGGCCUGUGGGGCCGUAGUUCGCAAACAGGAGAGUACCUCGUUUGCGAUCUUCCAGAAACUGCAACGAAAAGCACUAACAGUUGGUUAACUUCGAAUUUUAUUGACCUGCAAGGCGCAGUAUCAGUGACUGUUCAACUAGAAUUCACUGCAAGGCAAUGUGACCGUCAGUCACUUCCGUUCUGCAGGGAAUCGUUCAUGUUAUAUGUCUACCAAACCGAUCAAAGGUUAAUUUCUGGAGUGAAAAAAUCAACGAUUCUGGCCGGACAUUUUACUUUCGCUGUAACGAUCGCUCCAAGUCACGUGUGGAAUUCUGCUCAGGCGAGAAUUACAAACAAAGCUGCAGUGGGACUCACUGUUCAAAGCAAAGGACUUUAUUUGGGAUUUCGAGACAUAGGAGGGUGCAUUGCGCUCGGGAAAGUUAAAGUUGUUACCAACUUUUGCCCUGGGAAAAUCAUUGGUGGGGCAAGUUAUAACAGAACCCCUUCUCCUUCAAAUGGGCAUGUCGUUAAGGUGAAUGGUAACUGUGCGGUAAACUCAGAGAGUCCGCACAACGCGAACACACUUCACAUGCAGUGUCAAAGCAAUGGAACAUGGAGUAGGCCAGCAAGUGCUGCUACUUGCUUGUGUAAACCUGGCUACCAAGUAACUCCUCAGGGAUGCCAAGAAUGUCCUAGGGGAAAAUACAAGCCCAGAUUGAGCAAUUCAGAGUGCAGCAGCUGCCCUGUGAAUACAAAUUCCAACAACUCUAGACGGCAAUGUGAAUGCAAUGCAGGAUUCUAUCGAGGACCGAAAGACAACAAAGGAGGAAAGUGUACAGCUCCACCAUCAGCUGCAAGGAAUUUAUCAAUAGUAUUUCAAGACCAAUCGGUGAUAGUUGUCGCUUGGCUGCCACCUUUAGACUACGGGGGAAGAGAUGAUGUCGUCUACGACAUCAACUGCUUUCAAUGCGAUCAAGGUCCACGCUGCAGAAACAAGCAACCCUGCAGUGGGAAACUAGAAUUUUGGCCCGUGAGGUUCAAUAACCAUUUUACGCACGUUACGCUGACAGGAUUACAACCCAACACGUCAUAUAUGCUCAGGGUUACUGCUGAAAACGGAGUGAGUUUCUUGUAUGGGCCCAGUCCGAGUAGAAAUGCUGAGAUUCAGUUUGGAACAAGGAUUACUGCUAAAAUGCUUUUGGAUAAGACCUAUGUUGACGACACUACAGCCGUUUUAACAUGGAAUUCCGUGGAUAAUCCCCACGAGUUUUCAAGCUAUGAUCGGUAUGAAAUCUCUUGCUUUAAAUGUGAUCAAGGCGGAGACAGUGUUAAUCACCAAUGUACAAAAACCUGUGGGGAAAAAAUUCGGUACUGGCCGGGUAAAGAAGGGCUCAAAGACAACCACGUGACUGUGUCGGAGCUGGAACCAUCCACACUGUAUAAGUUUGUAUUGUAUGUCUGGAAAUACCGGACUGCUUUGUCUUCAGUGUUGGUCGAGACAAGUGCUUCAUCAGAAGUUUCCCGAGGAGGACAACUCUUCAACCUGCCGACGAUAAUUGCCUUAGUAUUGGCAGGAAUAUUAUUUAUUAUUGCUGUGAUUAUAUUGCUCGUCACUUGCCAUCUCAGGAGACGCUAGUACAAUACUAGCAAAUCCGGAUAAACAGAAAAUGGCUUCAGGGAGGGUACUUACUCCCUUGAAAAUACUGAUAACACAAUCAUUAUGGAAGAAAUACUGCACGACACUGGCCACUCUACAACAGGGAGUGAAACGCAUUAAACAUUGCUAGAAUGUAGGAAUGAUUCUGCAUCAUCGUUGAAGUGAUUUCAUUGGAGAACUGUUAACCCUUUAACUCC